AUGCGCUUCCUCUCUGUUGCACUCGUGGGCCUCGCCUCAAUUUCCUUGACCGCUGCCAGUGGUUUUCAGACCUGGGAUGAUAUUGUCGGAGACGUUCUCCAGUGUAUGAAGACUUGCCUCGGCGACUUCUACAACAAUUCCGGUCUUGAAGGCAAGUGUGGAAGCAGCGAUCAUACCUCUGUGGACUGUCUCUGCGGCGUCACAUCAUUCUCCUCGGUCCAGUCUUCGGUAGACGAUCUGAGCACCUGCAUCCAGGGCGGGUGUGAUUCUGGCGAUCUGAGUGAAAUCUCCUCAAAACUUUCCGACUUCCAAGAGAGAUUUUCGGAUGCUGGGGAUCAAUGUAUGAGUGAAGACUCAACCUCAAAUGACGACAGUGAUUCGGAAUCGGAGACAGACUCGGACGACAACAAGAAUGCUGCCAGGACUUUGAUUCCUGGAUUCAACGCUCUGCAUGCCUCGAGUGCUGUGCUGCUCUUUGGUGUUGCUUUGUAA